ACAGGUCGCGGCGGGCGGGGACCCGGGAACCCACCUGUCAGAGUUACCGGUCGGCGCCGGAGCGGCUGGGCGCGCAGCACCUCGGGGGGCUUGAGGGUGGCCCUGAAGGCCUGCACGUUUGGGUCAUGCUCUGUGCGGUGGAGAAAAGUCAGUUUCUUCCCUGGAGAGUGAAUGUCUGUAGCCUUGAUUUUCUGGACCUGGUAACAUGGCCAAAGAUGCCGGCCUAAUUGAAGCCAACGGAGAACUGAAGGUCUUCAUUGACCAGAACCUCAGCCCUGGGAAAGGAGUGGUAUCCCUGGUGGCCGUGCACCCGUCCACUGUGAACACCAUUGGAAAGCAGCUCUUGCCAAAGACCUUCGGGCAGUCCAAUGUCAACAUCGCCCAGCAAGUGGUGAUCAGCACGCCCCAGAGGCCGACUGCGUCCAGCACGAUCGUGGUCGGGAGCCCACACACACCCAGUGCACACUUGGCCUCACAGAACCAGACCUCCGACUCCUCACCCUGGUCGGCCGGCAAGCGGAGCCGCAAGGGUGAAAAGAACGGCAAGGGGCUGCGACACUUCUCCAUGAAAGUGUGUGAGAAGGUACAGCGAAAAGGUACCACGUCCUACAACGAGGUGGCCGACGAGCUGGUAGCGGAGUUCAGUGCCGCCGACAGCCACAUCCUGCCUAGCGAAUCAGCCUACGACCAGAAGAACAUCCGGCGACGCGUGUACGACGCCCUCAACGUGCUCAUGGCCAUGAACAUCAUCUCCAAGGAGAAGAAGGAGAUCAAGUGGAUCGGCCUCCCCACCAACUCGGCGCAGGAGUGCCAGAACCUGGAGGUGGAGAGGCAGAGGCGGCUGGAGCGGAUAAAGCAGAAGCAGUCGCAGCUGCAGGAGCUCAUUCUGCAGCAAAUUGCCUUCAAGAACUUGGUGCAGAGGAACCGCCAGGCCGAGCAACUGGCCAGCCGGCCGCCUCCACCCAACUCAGUCAUCCACUUGCCCUUCAUCAUCGUGAACACCAGCAAGAAGACCGUCAUCGACUGUAGCAUCUCCAAUGACAAGUUCGAAUACCUGUUCAACUUCGACAACACGUUCGAGAUCCAUGAUGACAUUGAGGUGCUCAAGCGCAUGGGCAUGGCCUGUGGCCUGGAGUCAGGCAGCUGUUCGGCCGAGGACCUCAAAAUGGCCAGGAGCUUGGUGCCUAAAGCACUGGAACCCUAUGUGACGGAAAUGGCUCAGGGAUCCCUUGGUGGUGUGUUCGUCUCCACAGCGGGCUCUGCAUCCAACGGCACGAGGCUGUCUACCAGUGACCUGACCAAUGGUGCCGACGGGAUGCUUGCCGGAAGCUCCAACGGGUCUCAGUACAGCGGCUCCAGGGUGGAGACGCCUGUAUCCUACGUGGGUGAGGACGACGACGAUGACGACGACGACUUCAAUGAUAAUGACGAGGAGGACUGAGGUGGAGCCACGCACGCAGUCGCGUUGUUCACGCGGGGCUCUCGCCAGGGCAGGGCCGCGCGGGGCGUGGGCAGCUGGCGGCGCUGUUUGCUUGGCAAGCCACUGUGUGCUUCCGUUUCCGGCUCUUCUACAGUCAGACUUGGUUCUUGCCUCUCUCAUCCCCGCCCCAACAUGCCCGCCAGGUGGCUGCAACCAGCAGCCUCCACCCACUCGGACUCGCAGUGUGGCUGUGGGCGCCCAAGACCUGGGGCGUGGCCUCUGAAUCACACAGUGUCCAAAGACAGGAACAAGAGGCCGCACCUGCCUGGACCCCAACGCCUGGCGGGUGGCGCAGCUGGAGUUCCUUAAGUUAUACUGACCGUGGGGACUCCACCCAGCGCUCACUCGCUCUCUUGCAGCAACAAAUUGCUAAGUUCUCUCUCUCUCUUUCUCUCUGUCGUUUUGUUAUGCUGGGCAAAGGCGCCUGCCGCUGGGCGUGGCCGUGGAAGCUCCCGGAAGGUUUGUUGCCUGAUUUCUUACAGGCCAUACUCGGAGACUUUUCAUGAAAUAGCUGUUUACAUGCUGAUAAGGCGUCGGAAGACAUGAACCGAAGCUGGCGUGGGGUCCUCCCCCUGGCCA